AUGUCCUCGCGGGGGUUGGUACCCGUCGGCUCUCAGUUCAUCCCGCAGAGACCGCGAGAGCAUCUCAGUGCCUGGAGGGCACCCACGGCACCCAGACGCAUCCAGGGCCUGGACAUGAGCUUCCAGUGGGCACCACAGGCUCGGAGAUUUCCCAUCGAGGCAGGUGACUGUCCCAGCUCAGCUGUGCCUCCGGAAAGACAGGAGCCGAUAGAUGCGGAGCAGCCUGUGGGAAG